AUGUUUUGUACCCACGGCCUCUAUAUCCCACCCGAAUGGGAUCUCCACCAGUCCACAUUCAUGUCAUGGCCCACUGGCUGGGGAUCUCUUAACAACAAGGUCCAGUCGGAUAUCGCCCGCGUUGCCAAUACCAUCUCUCAGUUUGAGCCUGUCCAAAUGCUCACCCCUCCAAGCCACAUCAACCAAGCCAAGGCCAUGCUUGGCAGCGAGCAAGUUGUCGUCGUUCCCAUGGCAGUGGACGAUCUCUGGGCUCGAGACACCCUUCCCUUGUUCCUUAGCGAUGGCAAGAAGCUAGUCGGUGUGAACUACAACUUCAACGGCUGGGGCGGCAAGCAGUAUCACAAGAACGAUGGCCGUGUCGCUUCCAAUGUGCUCGACUACCUCAACAUUACUGGUUUCCGCUCCGAACUUAUUGCCGAAGGCGGAUCGAUCGAGACCGAUGGCGAAGGCACCUUGCUUAUGACUGAGAGCAGUAUCGUCAACAAGAACCGCAACCCUAGCAUGUCGCGCAACCAGAUCGAACAAGUUUUCAAGGACGAGCUCGAUAUCAGCAAGAUCAUCUGGGUCACGGGUGUCAAAGAUCACGACAUUACCGACUCUCACAUCGACAGUCUUGCACGUUUUGUUGCGCCCGGUAUCGUCAUGGUCAGUCACCCCUUCCCAGCUUCCAAAGAUGACAAGGAGUCCCAGGUUUGGAUCGGACAGUAUGAACAGGCCAUGUCGAUCCUGAGACAAGCCACAGAUGCCAAAGGACGCCGCUUGAAGAUCAUUGAGCUGCCAGAGCCCAACCCGGACAAGAUUCGCCAGCUGCCUCCAGGUGACAUCAAGCGCUGCAAGAAAAUCGGCCUUGACUGCAAGAACGGCGGUCUAACCUCCUACGUCAACUUUUAUAUUGCUAAUGGAGGCAUCGCCAUGCCCGAGUUUGGUGACCAAGAAGCCGACCAACAUGCGCGUGACAUUGUGCAGAAGGCUUUUCCUGACAGAAAGGUUGUGGCCAUCAAUAUUGAUUACGUUGCCGUUGGAGGAGGAGGCAUUCACUGUGCCACCCACGAGGUUCCCCAGGCUUAG